AUGGCGGAAUUACGAGGAUCAGCGGCGCCGCCGCAGAGGUCGCCGUGGCACUCGCCGGUGCCGUACCUUUUCGGCGGCCUGGCGGCGAUGCUCGGCCUCAUUGCCUUCGCGCUCCUCAUCCUGGCGUGCUCCUACUGGAAGCUCUCCGGCCGCAGUGACGGGGAGGAUCUCGAGGCCGGCGCCGCCGAGAAGGCGGAGCCGCCACCGCCGCCUGCGGCGGAGAUGGAAGAGAAAUUCCUGGUGAUCAUGGCGGGGCAGGACAGGCCGACCUUCCUGGCGACGCCGAUGUGGAGCCGAGCGUCGUCGUUUCGGAGCAAGAGCAGUUGGAGCAGCGGGGACAGUACGACGUCGUUCGGAGGGGGCUGUGAGGAAAAUAGUGGGGAAAUUGGUGAGCGAAUGGGAAAUAUGGGUGCACCUGGAUCGGGUGCAGUGGAUCAGGCGCACUAA